AAGAAUACGGAGUAGAAGAAGAAGAAGAAGAGGAGGAGGUGGGGCUACUGCAGUUGGAAAGUGCUUUCGGAGAAAGCUGUGUGAAUUUGUUUUCUCAAUAUUGAACCUUCAGAAAUACUUUUAAUUUCACGAGCGCCAAUAGAAGUCGGUGAAGCUUUGACCGCCAGUAGAACCUUUUCCCUCAUUUGUUAUAUUUUGGGAGGCCAUAUUUCCUGCACUAUUAGCUAGAGGAGCUAACUUAACUGUCCAGCUGCCUCAGCGCGCUGUAUGUGCGGCAACAACAUGUCAGCUCCUUUACCUGCCAUUGUGCCUGCUGCCCGGAAAGCCACCGCGGCGGUUAUAUUCCUGCAUGGCCUCGGUGAUACUGGGCAUGGCUGGGCAGAGGCUUUUGCCGGCAUCAGAAUACCACAUGUGAAAUACAUUUGUCCUCAUGCCCCCACUAUGCCUGUUUCUUUAAACAUGAGGAUGUCCAUGCCUUCUUGGUUUGAUGUCUAUGGAUUGAGUCCAGAUGCGGAUGAAGAUGAGGCUGGCAUCAAGAGAGCAUCAGAGAACAUUAAAGCCUUGAUAGAUCAAGAAGUGAAAAAUGGAAUUCCUUCUCACAGAAUUAUCCUGGGUGGAUUUUCACAGGGUGGGGCAUUGUCUCUUUACACAGCUUUGACAACUCAGCAGAAGCUCGCUGGUGUGGUUGCUCUGAGCUGCUGGCUUCCCCUCCGUAAAUCCUUCCCUCAGGCGGCUGCUAACGGCGCUAACAAGGACAUGCACGUCCUGCAGUGCCACGGGGACGCCGACCCCCUGGUCCCUUUCACAUUCGGCACCCAGACGGCAGAGAAACUGAAAAGCCUCAUCAACCCUUCAAAUAUCACCUUCAAGUCGUACCGGGGCCUACCUCACAGCGCCUGUCCCGAGGAAAUGAUCGAUAUCAAGCGAUUUCUAGAGAGACARCUUCCUGCAGUCAGCGACGAAUGAACAAAGUGCAUCCGCUCACCUGCUCAGUGUUAUCAGAGUCCGCUAGCCUCAACCAAGCAAGGCCAGGUGGACUCGAGAAUUACUUGACAGUGAACACACGCUGCUACUUUUCUAGAUUCAGAAAGACUAGAGCCGUUAGCCUGUGAAAGGCAUGACUGAGACAAUGCUGCAUCUGACCUGGAGUCACAAACAGCCCUCACUGUUAAAGUAGAUGAACCUCAGCUGCUUGGUUAUAAAGCCUGUUUCCACUGAGAUGAGCCAUUUUUGCAGUUGUAUGUAUUAUAACACUUAGGGCUAUAAUUUGGAUUUAAAACUUGCAUUCUCWCAAUAAAUGGCUUGUUAAUUGAUUUUAAAA